ACAUGUUACUCCCAAUUAUCCAUCAUCUGACACAGCAACCCUAUAGUUAUUAUCCUAGCAUCACAGCAAACACUGCAGAGGUAUAAAACCUGCCCUGGGUGAGUCCUGCUUGUUUUGGAAGCUGCGAGACCUAUAAAGGAUGAAGACUUCUCUUCUUGUUGUGCUCCUCCUAGCCCUGUGCACGGAGAGUGCUUUCUCCUUGACGUGUUUCACGUGCAAAGAUGCACCUUCCAACAUACACUGCCUGAGUACAACCACAUGCUCCGACCAUGAGAAGUACUGUCUCACAACCUAUUCUACCACAGGACUAGGCAAUGACCGUAACCAGCGCAUUACCAAGAAAUGUUCUGCAUUCUGCCCAACAAUUGACCUGAAUAUCGGCAUAGCCGGUGUUGCUACCAGCUGCUGCGAGACUUCCUUGUGCAACAUCAGCGGUGCCAGCAGUGUGAAAACCAGCUACACUAUCAUAGCUCUGGGUGUCUUGGCCAGUCUCACUUGCAUCCUCCGUCUGGGUUUUUGAAGGGGUUGGAGGCUAAAGGAGCUGCUUGGCCUUGCAUUGCAAGGGAUUAAACUCUCAUCUAUAGAGUAUGAAUGGUGCCCUGUUUCAUAGAAUCAUAGAAUCAUAGAAUGGUUUAGAUGGGAAGGGACCUUAAAAAUCAUCUAGUUCCAACCCCGCUGCCAUGGGCAGGGACACCUCCCACUAGACCAGGUUGCUCAAAGCCCCAUCCAGCCUGGCUUUGAACACCUCCAGAGAUGGGGACUCAACUUCUUUGGGCAACCCGGGCCAGUAUCUUACUGCCCUCAUAAUGAAAAAUUGCUUCCUGAUAUCUAAUCUAAAUCUCCCCUCUUCCAGUUUGAAGCUAUUACCCCUUGUCCUAUCACUACAUAUCCUUAUAAAAAGCCCCUCCCCAGAUUUCCUGUAGGCCCCCUUCAGAUACUGGAAGGCCACUAUAAGGUCUCCCUGGAGUCUUCUCUUCUCCAGGCUGAACAACGCCAGCUCUCUCAGCCUGUCUUCGUAGGAUAGGUUUCUCCUACCUGGAAGGUCACAGCCCAUUAGCAAAUAUUUUUACUCUUUUCAUGCUACGAUGACAAUGCAUAAGAGCACAACCCUAUCUCAAAAUGGUGUGUGGAAGAGAAAGGCAUGACAUGGAGCCCUGCAUACGCGGAAGAGCACCAUAUAGCCACCAUCUCUCCUACUAUUGGCCUUUAUAACUCCAUGCAUUUUUUUUCCCUUUCAUUUUGUCCCUGCCAUUCUCUUGUGCCAUUUUUCCCUUCAUACCAUUUUCCGCCCUGUAUCAUUUGGCUCUGAGGAAGCUUUUAAUAUCACAGUUGUUAAACAGAAG